AUGAAAAUCUUAUUCAGACUGCUCGGCUUUGCCCUUGUAUAUCUGUCAGCCGUUUACAUAGUUAGUUGUGGACAGCGUGAAGAUGAGGAGGAGAUUAAGGCGGUAGGAUUGGUGAGUGCAGAGCCAGCAGACGGGAGUACUAUCGACGUAAACGGAAUUAUUACUGUUAUUUUUGACGAUAUUCCCGGAAACGUGUCAGUGAAUGUAGGUAUUGUUAAAAGAGCAGGAACAACGAUUACAAUCGCAGGUCCGUUUAGUCCGGGGACACUCACACUGACUAUUACCUGGGAGGAUGGAGCGCAUACACUUGCCUACACCGUCGAAACACCUAAACAGGGGACGACUGAACCGAUCCUUGACGUUGAACAGGAACCGAUCCUUGAAUCCGAUCCCAUUAUUCCAGACGGGAUGGUCCUGAUUCCGGAAGGCGAGUUUAAGAUGGGUAGCAACGAUGGCGGUGCCGACAACGACGAACAACCGGUGCACACCGUUCACCUCGAUGCGUUCUAUAUAGAUGCAAACGAGGUAACCAACGGAGAAUUUAAGGAUUUCGUUCUCGCGAAUCCAGGAUGGCAAAAAGAUCGCAUUGAUGCGAGGUUUCAUGACGGCAGCUACCUGAAAGAUUGGAAUGGAAAUAACUAUCCUCUCGGAGAAGGUGAUCAUCCCGUCCGCUAUGUGAGUUGGUAUACAGCAAUGGCUUACGCGGUGUGGGUAGAUAAACGUUUACCGACAGAAGCGGAAUGGGAGAAAGCAGCACGCGGUGGAUUAGAUAAAAAACAGUAUCCGUGGGGCAAUGGCAUCAAUUUCAACAGAGCAAACUACGGCAAGCAUAUUGGCGAGACAACCCCUGUCGGCGAUUACCCUCCGAACGACUACGGUGUAUAUGAUAUUGCGGGAAACGUGUGGGAAUGGUGCCUUGACGGAUACGAGGUAGAUUUCUACGCCAACUCUCCACGUCGAAAUCCUACCGCAGGCGCGAAUCAUGUCGAAGAGAUCGUCAACGAUUUCGAGAACAUUGUAGAUUUUCGCGUAUUGCGGGGAGGCGGGUGGAACAGCGAACCUGAGUGGCUGCGGGCGGCGAACCGUCACGGGACGAGUCCAGCGUACGCUGGCAUCGGUGCUCUCGGAUUCCGUUGCGCGAAACCCGUAUCGCCUUAA